AGGCGGUUUUGAUGAUGGCAAUUCGACCCCCGCUCUCUGUCGAUCAGCCAUGGAUCUGUUGAAGCAAGAACUCCAGCGAAAGCGCCAAUCUCUUCAAUCCGAUUUCGGCGGCAAAAAGCUCCUCAAACGCUCCGAAAUCGAGAAGAAAGAGAUCCAAAAGAUCCGAGAAGAGGAGCACCGGUCUCUCCAAUCCAAAAAGCCCCCAAAUCCCCAAACCCUAGCCCAAUCCCCAAACCCUAAUUCGAUCCCAACCCUCAAGUCCAAGAAGAAGACCCCCGAAACCCUAACCGAGGAGCAGAAGAUCGACGACCUCGACCUCCCGAGGACCGAAGUCGUCCGUCGGUUGCGGAUCUUAAAGCUCCCCAUAACCCUUUUCGGCGAGGAUGACGCUGCCCGUCUCGAUCGAUUGAAGACGACACUGAAAUCAGGGGUCCUUGAGAUCGACAGUGAUAUGACCGAAGGGCAAACGAAUGAUUUCUUGAGGGAUAUUUGUGAGCUGCAGAAGAGGCAGAAGCGGGGGUCGAUGAAUGAGAGGAAGAAGGAGAAGAGAGGAGAUGGGGAUGGAGACGGGGACGAUGAGAAGGAUGGGGAUGGAGACGGGGGAAGUGAAGGAGAGGGAGGGGAUAAAGACGGGAAGAGGAUGAGGGCGAAUUUCGAGGAUUUGUGUGAUGAGGAUAAGAUACUGGUGUUCUUUAAGAGGUUGUUGAACGAGUGGAACCAGGAGUUGGAGGAGACGCAGGAAGCGGAGACGAGGACGGCAGCGGGGAAGUCGAUGGUUGCGAAGUUUAAGCAGUGCGAGAGGUACUUGCAUCCUCUGUUCAAGUUUUGCCGGAAGAAGGUUCUUCAGGAUGACAUCCGACGAGCCCUAAUGGUGGUGGUUCGUUGCUGCAUGAAACGAGAUUAUCUAGCCGCGAUGGACCAGUACAUCAAACUCGCCAUUGGAAACGCACCCUGGCCUAUAGGAGUCACUAUGGUUGGUAUCCAUGAGCGUUCUGCACGUGAAAAAAUCUACACGAACAGUGUGGCGCACAUCAUGAAUGACGAGACAACUCGCAAGUACUUGCAAUCUGUGAAGAGACUCAUGACCUUUUGUCAGAGAAGGUACCCCGCACUUCCAUCGAAGUCUGUUGAGUUCAACAGUUUGGCGAAUGGAAGUGACUUAAGGUCACUUCUAUGGGAGGAAAAAGUUAGUGACAGAAGUUCGGAGGAUAGGCUUCGGUUGAUGCCAGCACCAAAAGAGUAGCUUGAGUGCAGCAUGUAAUAUUUGUUGUUGCUGUGUAAGAAGACUGAUCUGUUUGAGGCUGACAUUUUGAUAUUGUAUUCCGAGUUUGCUCUAUGGCAUAUUGUUGUUUGUUAGAGCUUUUAGUAGCGGGAGCACUGUUCUGAUACAAGCUAAUACGUGUAUAAGUUUGGAUCAUAGUUUAAUUGUUCCCCUAAGAACUCAAAAGACAAAGAAUGGAAUGGACUCGUGGAUCUACAAUUAGUUGAAUGGUUUAUGGAAAAUUGCAUUGUAAAUU